UUGGAGCAUGACUGUGGGGAUUUGUGCUCGUUCAGCCACACGUGAAGUCACGCACUGAUGUCAGGCGAGGAGAUCUAGGGUGCAGUCAGCAUUUCAGUUCAUCUUAAAGGUGUUCAGUGGGCUUGAGAUCAGGGCUCUGUGCAAGAUACUCACAUUCUUCAACUCCAGCUUUGGUAAACCAUGUGUUCCUGGAGCUGGCUUUAUGCACAGUUGUGGCAACAGUUUAGUGAAGAACCACUUGGGUGUGAAGCUGUGUGUAUGAAGAGCUACACCAGGCAACGAGCUCUGCUGUACUGGAGCAUGAUGAAGAACACAAUGAAGGUCAUGCUGCUUCUGUUCUCGGUUCUUCUAACCCAGCCUCUGCAGGGUCACACCGGGCCGGCCAGCCCAGAGCAAGCAACAGUGCCAGAAUGGGCUCGGCCUGAGAGGAUGAAGAAGAUUUAUAUUGUUCCGACUGGCAGAACCGUCAGAUUCCGCUGCUUAGCCAUUGGUAACCCAACACCCAUGCUCAAGUGGCUGAAGAACGACAAGGUGUUUAAGAAAGACCAGCGAAUAGGAGGCUUUAAGCUGCGAGAGAGCUUGUGGUCGAUCGUAAUGGAAUCGGUGGUGCCCUCAGACAGCGGCAACUACACCUGCGUGGUGGAAAAUAAGCACGGCAGCAUCAACCACACCCAUCAGUUGGACGUUGUUGAUAUAGAGCGUUCGCCUCACAGACCCAUCCUCCAAGCCGGCCUGCCUGCUAAUCGUACAGCAGUGGUGGGCAGCGAUGUGGAGUUUGAGUGCAAAGUCUAUGGUGACUUGCCAACACACAUCCAGUGGCUGAAACACAUCGAGGUCAAUGGCAGAAAAAUGGGAGAAGAUGGCCUGCCCUACGUCAAAGUCUUACAAAGAUCAUUCCUCACAACCACGGAUAAGGAGAUGGAAGUGCUGCAGCUCAAGAAUGUGUCUUUAGAGGAUGCUGGGGUGUACACGUGCUUGGCUGGCAACGCUAUCGGCCAUUCUCAUCACUCUGCAUUGUUGACUGUCUAUAAAGAAACGGCUGCACACACCCUGCAUGAGGAAGAUAACCUAUAUCUGAAGUGUAUGAGUAUAGAAGAGCCUCAAGAAGUGAGCUGGACCAAGGACCAAGUUCCCCUUGCUGACGGGGAACACACUCAUCAUCGCAAUGGUCAGCUAGACAUCGAGGGAGUGGAACUAGCUGACUCAGCAUUUGCGUUUGAAGAUGACAACGACGACGAGUCUUCUUCAGAGAAAGUGAAGCGUUCCAGUGGCCAAGAGCUAUCACCAAAGGCUCCGGAGUGGGCUCAGCCUGAGAAGAUGGAGAAGAAGCUCCGCAUGGUUGGAGCCAGCAAUACCGUCAAAUUACACUGUAUGGCCAUCGGAAACCCGACACCCACGCUCAAGUGGCUGAAGAACGGCAGGGAGUUUAAGGAAGACCAGCGCGUGGGAGGCUUUAAGGUACGAAAGAACUCAUGGUCGAUCGUAAUGGAAUCGGUGGUGCCCUCAGACAGAGGUAACUACACCUGUGUGGCGGAAAAUAAGUAUGGCAGCAUCGACCACACCUAUCAGUUAGACAUUGUUGAGCGUCUGCCUCACAGACCCAUCCUCCAAGCCGGCCUGCCUGCUAAUCGUACAGCAGUGGUGGGCAGCGAUGUGGAGUUUGAGUGCAAAGUCUAUGGUGACUCGCCAACACACAUCCAGUGGCUGAAACACAUCGAGGUCAAUGGCAGAAAAAUGGGAGAAGAUGGUCUGCCCUACGUCAAAGUCUUACAAAGAUCAUUCCUCACAACCAAGGAUAAGGAGAUGGAGGUGCUGCAGCUCAAGAAUGUGUCUUUAGAGGACGCUGGGAUGUACACGUGCUUGGCUGGCAACCCUAUCGGCGUUUCUCAUCAAUCUGCAUUGUUGACUGUCUAUAAAGGUGUUCCAGAGCGUUCGCCUCACAGACCCAUCCUCCAUCCCGGCCUGCCAGCUAAUCGUACAGCAGUGGUGGGCAGUGAUGUGGAGUUCGAGUGCAAAGUCUGUAGUCACCCGCCAGCACACAUCCAGUGGCUGAAACACAUCGAGGUCAACGGCAGCCAAGUGAGAGAAGAUCGUCUACCCUACGUCAAAAUCAUAAAGACGGCAGGCGUGAACACCACGGAUAAGGAGAUGGAGGUGCUGCAGCUCAAGAAUGUGUCUUUAGAGGACGCUGGGGUGUACACGUGCUUGGCUGGCAACUCUAUCGGCCAUUCUCAUCACUCUGCAUGGUUGACUGUCUAUGAAGGUUGCCUUUAUUUGAUCCAUCCAUCCAUCUUCUAUACUGCUUAUCCUUCCUUCAGGGUCACAGGGAAAGAUGGAGCCUAUCCCAGGGAGCACUGGGCACGAGACGGGAGGGACCCAGAAGACAGAGUUGAUCCAUCAACAUUUCACACAGCCCAGCCUGUGUAUCUGGUAUCACCUUCACAAACCUGCUGCCAUCAACACAGAGAGAAGACGCAUAAGACAAAAUGUCCUAAUUUAACUUGAAGGUGUCAAUUCCAGAGCUCCAAAAAGCCAGGGGGAAGGUGGAAGCUUAAGCAAGCCGAAGAGAGCGCACCGAAGCUUGGUCACAAUCAGUUGGUCUCACAUGGUUGGCUUCUUGGGACCCUGGGUCCCAGAGUUUCGACCAUGGGGCUCAUUUGAACCAUCUCAAACAACACUAAGACUAAAUGAAGGUGAAUUGCCUCGAGGCAAUUUCAGUGUUCAUUUUGAUCAUCAAGGUGUGUUUUGGCAAAAUUCAGAUGAACCUUAAUGUUCUUCUGGGUUAGCAGUGGUUUUCACCUCACCACUCUUCCAUGGAUGCCAUUUUUGCCCAGUGUCUUUCUGAGUGGAGUCAUGAACAGUGACCUUUAUUGAUGCAAGAGAGGCCUGUAGUUCCUUUGAUGGUAUCCUUGGCUCUUUUGUGACUUCCUGGAUGAGUCGUACUGGGUAAAACCUUUUAACCUUUUACCAGCAGUAAUCAGGCCUGGUUGCAUCUAGUCCAGCUGAACCCCAUUACGAAUGCCGUUUCAUAGAUUUGGGGAAUUAGUAACUAUGGGGGCAAAUACAUUUUCACACAGGCCCAGAUGACAUUGGAUAACUUUUUUGCUUCAAUGAAUAACAUUAUCAUAUCAUUUCUUAGAAUUUGAGAAUUUGUGUGUGGUUCCAUGGCGUAUCUAGAGUGACCAGAGGUACCAAGAUGGACAUGCCUUUUAAGUUCCUUGGCCAUAGCUCCAUGUAGAAGAAUUCAAAUUUCAAAGAAGAGCAUUUUGUAAGAUGUGAAUCUUAAAAAGCGGGGGAAAAAAAUCCUUCUUGUGGCAAACGCAAUCCAUUUUUGUCCUCAUUCCAGAAUCUUCCAGAACGAAACCACUGAUGCAUAUUAAGCUGCAUGACACGAUAUCAUGGCAUGACACAUGAAUUCUCAUUUUUUAAUAGGCUCGCAAACGCAAAAGAAUGUUAUUAAUAUUAUAUAAAUCUUUACUGUAUAGAAUAGAAUCAUUUUUAUAAUUAAAAAAAUACUCAGCCAUGACAUCUAUUAUGAAGAUGACAUAUCUAUUAUCGAUAUGUCCAGAAUUUUUUGAACUUUUGGAUGUAAUUCAAUUAUAAAUGUAACAUGAAUUAUAACAGAUUCAGGAAAUUCGUAUCUUUUCCAAUGGAAUUCAGUACAAGGAGAUGUGUAUACAGACAGCUGUUGAUGGCUCAGAUGAUACAUGCUGGGGUAAGAUAACUAGGAACAUCUUACAUCACGUGAACAUCUUUAUCUGCUUGGAAACUUGAUUCACGUCACAUACAGUAUGAUCAGAAAAGGCCAUUUUGGAGAUGAGAAUAAAAAUGAAGAUGCUGUUGAUGAGGAAAGGGAUGGAGAUGGGGUUGAAGAUGAGGAUAAGGUUGGGGAUGGAGAUGGAGUGAGGAUUAGGAUGAAUACGACAUAUGCAUGAGAAUAAAAACUUUUUUAAAGGGGUCCUAUGGAUACCCAGUGCUCACACCCGCCUUGAUUACCUGCGGCAAAAUCCCAGCCGUGCUGAACAGCACUCUUGUGUGUGCGGUAUUACUUAAUUACAACACAUCUUAUUAAUACUGUAUUCCUAAUAAAUUGUGCGAAUAACAAUGUGCAACUUAAAAGCAGUAUGUUA